GUGCGAGCUGAAGAAUGCAGAAUACGUUAAAUUCCGCCGAUCGGCCACAGGCGUCAGAAGUACAAACUUCUUCACCAAAUACCUCAAGAAACUCAUGCAAGUGGACGUCCCGUACGAAACCUGCGAAGUCCGCGAAUCCGAUUCCGGUUCUCGGUAUAUUGUAUUCGAGUGUUUACGGUACGUUUUUAAUCCUGAAGUGGAGGCCUUCGAGGAGACCAGCUACCACUUCCCCAACUCAUCCCAUACAGCUCUACUGGACCUGGGAAGGCCGUCGAGUGGUGGUUUGUCCACUGAACAAGUAGCGGCCCGGCGAGCGAUAGUGGGGACCAACACAAUCGAAAUGCCCUACGCCAGUUUACGUAUGUAUUGGGAUGUGGGCCUAUAA